CUUUCCAUCGCUAAGACGACGCUUGUGGCGGUCUCCUAGGUCCAUAUGGAACAUUCCAUACAAACACACAUCAUUUAUACCCUCCGUGGACGCUAAAGUGGCUGAAAAUUCAUCGGCGUGACUAUUUAGCGUCGCUACAAUAUGUCUUCCACCGGGGACAUUUUCCCCCGAGGUAAUCCGCUUUGGACGCCUUAUUUCGUCCGGGAUAUGAGAGCGAUUAAGUAGCAGUGCAUUGGGUUGGCGCCAUGAAGAAAUUAUUCAGUUUUUCCAAGAGGAAACAGUCCCCAUCGGGAACUCCCGACCCAGGGAACGUUCUCUCUGUCGGCUACGAAGUGAAAGAAAAGGACCUGGGAAAGUUGCACAAGGCUGCCUGGAAGGGAGAUGUGUCCAAGCUGGAGCAUCUUGUCAAAAACAAUGAUGUCAAUCAGGUCGAUAAGCAGAAUAGGACAGCACUACACAUUGCGUGUGCCAGUGGAAAUUAUGAGGUGGUAAAAUUCCUUGUGGAGAAAAAAGCCAAGCUCAACUUAAGUGACAAUCAAAACAGAACUCCCUUAAUGAAGGCAGUGCAAGGGCAGCAUGAUGUCAUUGUGAACAUCCUGCUGGAAAACCAUGCUGAGCCCAACCUGGUGGACAUGAAUGGCAACACAGCUUUACACUUAGCAUCAAGCAUCCCCUCCAUCUCCAUUGUUGAUAUCCUCCAGAAGUAUGACGCUGACAUCAACGUCCACAAUAAGGAGGGCCUUUCACCCCUGACGCUGUCAGUCCAAGAAGACUACCUGGAUGUGGCGGAGUUUCUGCUGAAGAAAGGCGCUGAUGUCAAUACUUUUGACAAAGACCAAAGGUCACCAUUAAUGAUCGCAGCUGGCAAUGGACAAAUCAGCAUGGUGCGAAUGCUGCUGCAGUUCGACGCAGAUAUUACACUUGAGGAUAGCAAAGGACAAUUAGCAGAGGACUACGCAGCGAUGGAAAGCCAUCAUCCUUGUGCCCUCCUCAUUGCCGAGCACUAUGCCAAAAGGAACCAGGGGGCCUCCCCAUCUCACCCAGGUCCAAGUAAAAAGAAGACGAAAGCAGAGGGGGGCAAUCCUUCCCGAGGCCUCAACACUGGUCUCUCUGUUGGAGGACCAGCCACGGACAAAGAUGAUUUCGAGGACAAUUCUCAGGCUGAGUCGCUAAGCCGUAUCUCCAAAAAAGGCGGCACCGAAGAAUGGGCUUCCUCUGAGGAUGACUGUGAAUCACUCAUAGUGGAAAAGACCCCACCAAAGAUGAACCUCAGGAAAAUGCUUGAAUCCCAACGAGGAAAAGCAGAGCAUCUUUCCAGCAAAGGUCAUCCAUUAGAGCAGCUCUCAGAAAGCCAAUCCAGUUCGGAAUCUGAGGCCCAAAGCUCGCAAGACGAAAGCUCUGAGGAAGAAGAAGAGGAGGAAGAUGACGAGAAUGAAGAAGAGGAAGAUGAUGAGGAGAGUGAAGAGAUGGAGGAAGAAGAAGAGGAUGAUGACUCUUGUUUGGCUUCAUUUCAGUCCAACUCAUCUUCUAUAGAAGAUAGGCAAAAUCUGUCUCCUCCAGAAGUGAGUGCUGGUGGAAGAAAAGCUCAAAACGUACACAAUCUCGAAUCCACGGACAGCAAUGAUCCUUGUCUUUGUACGGAUGAGCCUCAGGAAAACUCAGCAGCUGUAAAACCAUGUCCUCCAACGCUGCGUUCGUUAGACGUCGACCAAGAUUGUGUCGUGUCAGCUGUGAGAGUCGAGUCCAAAUAUUCAGACGAGGACGACAGCAUGGGGCGGGAAUUUAAGUCGGCGCCGAGUCAAGAGAUCGUUCGGACGGUUCUCACUGCACCAACAUCUUCCAGUCAAAAAAAUGUGGUACCUAAGGGAGCGAGGGCUUCUGAUAGUGAGGAUGGUGGCUCAAAUAAAGAAGGGUUCAAAGCAGAGCAACGUAGGUCAUCAUGGGGCUCCUCCUUAGAGGACUCUGACGGCUCAGCAAAAUAUCCUGCAAGGGAGACAUCGCGUUCAAAUUGUGGUGGUAGCUCAGUACAAAAAACGACCAACAAUGAACAGAAACCACCCGAGAGUAGACCGCCUACAGCAGGUGUCGAAGACUCCGAUUGGGAUUCUCCGUCUGAAAACGACGGUCCACCAGCUGCUGGAGGAAAUGCAAAAGUGACGCAGUCCCUGGAAAAUGAGGAUGCCAACCAUACUGGAAAUCAACUCUCUAAGGGCCAACAAGCUAGCAAAAGUAGCUGCGAUGAUAAUGACUCUGUGCAUCUGCUAAUAAGGACACGCCCAUAUACACCCAGCAGUUUGAGAGCUCAAAGUCCAGCAGAUAAGAUGGUGGAGGAAGUAAGUCUCUUCGAACUUCCAAAGAUAGCCAUCGCAGCAGAAGAAAAGUGUAUCACUGAGGACCAAGCUACUAAUCCUCAGACAGAAGAGUCCUCAAACAAAGUUAUGGAUGAAGCGAGUCCGCUCGUUGAUGUUGACGUCGUCAUUGGUCGUCGUCAUUCACAUGAGAGCGUCUUUUCUGAAGCGUUGCCCCACACAGACAUUGACGAUGUUGAAUUGGACUCGCCAGAUGAGGUAGAGAGCUUGACGCAUCCAGGCGAUAGACACAUUGAAUGUGUCGACAACCAGGCACAAGAAUCCAGUGAUGCUGAGAGUAAGGAUAGCGACAAAGAAGAGGAUGGGGAGGAGGUGGAGGAAGAACAAGAACAGGAGGAGGAAGAGGAUUUAUCAGGUGAUGAGCCUGAAGAAAGCGGUGGUCUCCUGCAUGGUACGCCAGGUGUUCCUAAAGACAUGAAAAAAGUUUCGGGCCUAGAGAAGGAAGACGAAGAUUCUUGGGAUUCUGAGCAUGAAGACCACAGUGAAGACAAACUAAGCGUGAAAGCAGAGAAUCAAGAUGAGACACCUGCCAUUGGAGACACAUUAGAAGAAGACCUGUUAUAUACUCCCUCAUUUUUAAGAGGAGGAGGAGCAGGCAGGUGGAUGCCGGAGCCUUGGUGGAGUAAAGGUCUUCGUUCUCCUGCGGCCAAACAUAAAGACGACGAUAACGGGAGUGUUCAGAUGGUGGGUGGCACACAAAAAGAGAGUGAAAAUACCAAAUGGGGACUGCUUUUGAGCAAAUGUGAAGGAAAAGUCAACGAAAAGACAGCAGACUUGAUGGAAGAACUUGGUUUGGGAGACUUCGACUAUGCUGAAGAUGGGUCCGAGUGGGAUACAUCCAGCAAUGCCAGUAAGAGGAGUUUCCCAGGAUACACCGAGACACGCCCAGCUCCAAAGGAAGUCCCAGAAUGCAUCAGUAAGGAGGAAGAAGUGGCACCCAAAGCGGCCAUUACUACACUGAGGAAAGUUGGCACUGAUGAGAAACAGGCUCCUCAUCCCCAACCUCGUACAAAGAAAAUGGGGCUUCAAGAGAGCGACAAAUUAGACCGUUCAGCUUCACCAUGCAAUGAGGCCAAAAUCGACAAUCACCAACCUCAGGCAGCAGUUAUAGCAAACUUCCCUGUACUUUUAACAAGUGGCAGCAAACACCCAUUGCAGUCUGAUGAGCAGCAACAGCAGGAGAAAGAUGAUGUAUUAGAGUCCUGUGAUCCACACACAACUGCCUAUAUGGCUCCUGAUGGUGGAGACAACAGUAGCGAUGUUAGAAAUCAGAAGAGUGCAGAGGCGAGGUCUAAUGAUGUUGCUCUACUGGAGACGCAGAAUGAGAAUCUUUGGGAAGAAUUGGAGCAAAAGGAAGUUAAACCCACCUUCGGUAGAGCUGCUGACAGUUUAAAGGAGACCAAGGCUAACUUACCUGAAGAGUCAAGUGAUGAGGAGGACGGGAAGGUGAUUUUACGGCCCAAUGCUAGAGCAAGAAGGCUGGUUCGCCUCUCAGUGCCCAAACAUGAGGAGUCCGGAUCGCAAGAUUCAGAGGCUGCUGACAACUCCCAGAGCGAGGAGAAGAUGCCAGAAGAAGAACCCAUCCUCUGUGAGACACCACAAGCCCUCGCAGCAAAAGAACUCUCUAUUGCCACAUCUGAUGGUGCCAGACAUGGACCGUGUCACAAUCUUAAUCCAGAAGAACCUGAGAGGAGCCGCACCACCUCUAAUAAGAACCCCAAAGAACUUCCCAAGUCUAAACAUUUAUGGCCCAGCAGACUUUCAGCAUCAUCCUUGGUUGUUUCUGAUGAAGACUCUAAAGAAGACAUGUUUAAGCACAGGGGUGAUGAGGACUGUCUGGAGGGACAUGAAGGAAAACUCCAAAAAGAGGUUGACCAAGUUACUUACAAGGCUGCUGUUUCAAUGAAGAACAUCAGUGAUUAUAGUGACACAGGCGGAAGAGCAUUAAAGGAACUCUCCAAUAAGAAGCCUGAGACCAGCAGCAGCAGGCCUCUGGUGGAAUCACAACUCUCACUCAAAGCAGAAGAAAAGACCGUAGAGAAGACCUCGCUGCCAACAGCAGUUGGCAAGGCCUGUGGAACUCCUCAGACCGAAGCCAGACAGCUCUCUUUGUUUGAUGACAGCACUUUGAGUGACGUGACGGACGAUGAAGAAAGGUGCCAAACAGGAGAAGAGAAGAAAAAACAGAAUCUCAAAGAAGUGAAGGUGUCCGAAGAUAUGGAUGAGCUCAAUUCGUCGUCUGACAUGACCACGGAUGACUCUGACUUUUCCCAUUCAGGCCAUGGAUGUGGCUCCCUCUUCAUCCAGAACCUGGACUCAGUCACUACAGACUCCAGAAGUAUGGUGAAGCUGCAGAACAUUUUCCACAAAUAUGAGCGCUCCAUUCAGAAAGCCAAAAGCCGCCACGCUUACUUUGCGGACAAGGUGAGCCUCCUGGAAACCGAAAAGGUGCAGCUGAGAAGCUCGCUGGACGAGGUCAAGGAUGUUAAAUCUACCCUAGAGCGAAACCAGCUAGAGUUGCAGACCGAAGUUACAAACCUCAGGUUCCAGCUAAAACAGGAGCAGGAAAACAGCCGUAAUGCCAACAUGAUGUUCAGCACCACCGGGGAUAAGCUGAGGAGGACGGAGGAGCAGCGACAGUUGGAGGUUCAGGAGAAGCAGAAAGUGGAGCUCACUCUCAGGAACCUGGAAUUGGAGAUGCGAAUACUGCUCAACAACAAGAAACAGCUAGAGGAGGACCAGAGUCAGACCCAGACGCUGUUGGCUCAGGAGCGCAGCGCACGGACCGUGCUGGAGAAUCUGCUCAACAGUCACGUGCGCAAGAAGCAGGAGAUAGAAGAGGAGAACAAGAGGAACAUAAACAAGAGUAGUGAGGCCUUGUCUCAGCUCACAGAGGCCAGCGACAGAGAGCGUGAGCUGCUCCAGCAGAUUUCUAUAUUUAAGGAGCAGCUGAGCACCCUCAAAACAGACCUUGAAAAUUCCCAGGCCAGCAGCAGCAUCAAGCAGCGAGACCUUCAGGAGGAGAAUAAUGCCGUCAAGGAGCAACUGGACGAGGCUCGGCGAGCUCUCCGAGUCAACAAUGACACCCUGAACCAAACCAUCUUGGACUUCAACAACCAAAUGGCUGCCUUGAAGUCCGAGUUGACCAUGACUGCGAACCGCCUGGACAAUGAGCGCCAGACCCGUGAGACGAUGGCAGUGGAGUUGGAGUCAGUCCGCACCCGUCUGACCGUGGCUCUGCAGGAGGCAAAGCGUUGCAUGGCAGCUCAGUCAGACACAGAGAAAAGUCUACUCCGGGAGAAAGAAGAACAUCAUCGUCUUAAAGACAGGCUCUCAAGCGACACUUCCAGCCAGCAUGAGGCAGUCAGCAGCCUCUCUCAGAAGCUGGCAAAGGCAGAGGCGCGCGCAAACAGCACGGAGAACCAGGCCCAUCAGGCCACGAUGCAGCUGACGGAGAAAAACCUUGUGCUGAACACCAUGCAGCGUGAAAAUGACCAGAUAGCUGCACGGGUCAAAGAGCUGGAGGCCGCUCUGCGCGCCGAAAAGGAGUUGGUGACGCGGGCCGCAGCGCGCCAAGAGGCCACACAGGAGCGCUUAGCCCAAGCCCAAAGUGAAGGCAUGUUGCUACGGCAACAGCUGGAAGAGGCCCAAAAUAAAGGUGUCGCAAAGGAUAAUGCGGUAACAGACGCCCAGAAAAGUUUCACUGACACUUUGUCCAAGCUUCGUUCCGACUGUGAGGAGAGGAUACACCUAGUGCAGGACAGGAAUCAGGACCUGGCCGCGAAGGCUGCCGAGCUUCGAGAACGCAUUCACCAAUUAGAGGAGGAGAAAAAUGAAAGAGAAGCUAAUCACAGACAGGUGCAGCAAGACUUGGCUGACUCGUUAAAGAAGCUGUCAAUGUGCGAAGCUUCUCUGGAGAUCAACACAAGAUACCGCAACGACUUGGAGGAAGAGAAGAAUCGGCUCCUCAAAGACGUGGACAAGCUUAAAGGAAAGCUGGAGGAAAGAGAGGGGCAGUGUUUACAAGCAGAGAAACAAACAAACGAGCUAAGGGUUCGUCUGGACGAAAGAGAGAAUGAACUUGGUGCCGCUGCUCAGAAGCAGCAGGAGGCGCUGUCUGCUGCCGCCGCCUCCGAUACCACUGUCAAACAGCUGGAAGAGGCCAUGCAAAGGCUGGAGAUCGAGAACGUCAGGCUAGAGGCUGCUGCAAAGCAACAGUCCAACAAACUGGAAGCACUUCAGAAAUGCUCUCAGGAGGAUGCAAAGCUCUCUGACAGUCCAAAUGGAGGAAUGGUCAGAGAUCAUCUGGAGGGUUUAGUGACAAACCUCCAAAGUAGUAAAAUGGCACUGGAAGACCAACUCAGUAAAGAGGUGCAGAAGCAAAGCGUACUAUCAAACAGCGCCCAAGACACUCAGGCCAUGUGGGAGGAUGAGCUGAAGAGCCGCUCUAAGCUAGGACUGCGUCUAGCCGAGCUUGAAAGGGAGAAAGGAGAACUGGGCAGCCAGGUGGAAAUAGAAAGGAAGAAAGCCAAGAAAGCAGCAGAGCAGAAGAACGCAGUCGACUCUCGUCUGGAACAAGAGAUGGAGAGAAACACGGCGCUUCAAAAGGAGAUGUACAGGAUACGAACUCUCCUGAAGACUGCUAAGAAGAUGCUGCGGGAUCAGGACAGAGGCGCAGGGGCUGACUUUUCCUCUCCAAUGAGCAGUCUCAAGAUGGAGCUGGGAAGACACAGCUGGGCGGAUAGAUCUUUUGAAGGGAGGAGGGAAAAAGUGAACGACCUGCAGGGGGAGCUAAAGAGGGGCGCGUACCAAGGCGCCCGCCUGGACAGGAGGCUGCUGGAGGAGGAGGUGCAAAACCUUAAACGCAGAGUUGAGUCCUCCCAGGUAGAGCAGAGGGAGAUAGAGCAAUAUCGCCAUGAGAUAGAGGAGAAGGCCCGACAGGAAAUAAAAGAGAAACUACAAGAAGUCAACCUCUUCUUGCAGUCCCAAGCGGCAACCCAGGAGGCAGAGAACCAGAUUAAAGCAGCCAAUGAAGCCAGCCUGUGCUUAAAGAUCCAAGAGCUAGAGAGUGAGCUGAACCGAACCAGAACCGUCCAACAUGACACGCUCAACCAGAGGGAGUCCACGCUCACAGAGCUGGAACGAUACAAAGAACUGUACCGAGAGGAGCAGAUGCUGCGCAAGUCCCUGUGUGCUGAUCUACAGAGUACAAACCACCAGCUCACAGAAGCCAGUUCCAGGUUGGUGAACGACCACAGCAGGGCUUUCAUCGCCUCCCCAGGACCACUAGGGGGCGUGGUUCCCCUAGUUUCACCAGCCAGCACAUUGGGGGCGCCAUACAAGGGCUUUGCCUCAAGACUGCUCAGCACUUCAGUGGCUGAAGGACAGAGCAGCAGUGUGGAGGACUAUUUGGCCCAGAUGCAGCGUCAGUUGGACAGAAGUAUAUCCAGAGAGCUGAACAAAGCCUCAGCGGAACUUGACGUCUCCUUGGCCCGUAUGUCUCCAGUGGGCUCUGCCUCCAGGGUGGAGUUGGAUCCUGUUAGCAGAGCAAAGCAGCAGUACUUGGAGGUCCUGAAGAAGAACCAUGAGAUCUGAAGAACCACUAGAGACAGUCUCCCAGCAGUAGAACCUGGAGGUAGACAACGAACAGCCACAUUUUACCGGCACAAGUUGACUGACCUCAAAGGGGGUUGUUUAUAUACGAGCACAAUGCACUUAAGCACUCAGGAAGUGAUCACACUGAUCGGCCACACUCGCAGAUACACUCACACAAUCUGAUGGAAUCCAUAAGUAUCAGUCAUUAAGAUAUUAGAUUGAAGAUGUAUCUAGUGGCUGAUCAGUGCAUAUACGCUGCAAUGUGUACACAUAUCCUGUAUUGCUUUAUGAAAGGGAUUCCUAGCACAUUUUUGUCACUAUUCCUGUUUAAUCAGAAACACACAGUAUUCAGGGGUUUCAUUUCUAAUUCUGCUUUGAUUCAUUGACCCCGAAGUUCCACUGAAUGCCGGCCGGCUUCACCGCUGGAGGGUGCCGCCAUCUAACCGUCUAACAAUCCCCGUCGCGGUUCUUUCUAGCAGAGAAAUAGUGCGGCCUUUUACGAGAUCUGGCAAAUCCGCGCAUAAUCAUUCGAUAAGGGAAGUCAGCGUUUCCCCUUAUGUAAUUGAAUGUAGCGCACCGCCACACCUUGAAAACAUUUUUUUUUUGUACUUGAAGACAAAAUAAAGUAAUAUAAUGUAUUGUAGCUCACAGAAGGAAUUACACAAAGUCAAACACUAUUUUUAACUUUUAUUACCAAUCUUAUGAUAAUAAACAGCACAGUUCCAACAGGGUUUACCUCCCGCGCAAACACUUCCCCCGACACAGAACAACACUUCCUCAUUCUCCGCCAAUCACCUUUCAGGCACGGACGGUGUGUUUGCAAACAUGGGAAAAAGUGUAAAAUACAAUCCGCCUUGCAAAUGCGGAAUUUUAUUUUGAAAAUAAACCUGAUACUAUA